AAGAGAAAGUAACGAGGAUGGUGCGGGCGGCGCGCGGGGCGCGGGGCGGGCGGCGCGCGGGGCAGCGGGCGCGACACGCACCGGCACCAGCGGCACCUCCCGCGGCGGCCGCCGCCACCUCCGCGCACCGGGCCGGAGCGCGACGCGCCGGGUGAUCUUGAGUUCUUCUUAACUUGCUAGUGCUCAGCCUCCUCAUGCCUCCAUCUCCUUUAGACGACAGGGUAGUAGUGGCACUUUCGAGGCCAGUGAGACCUCAGGAUCUCAACCUGUGUUUAGACUCUAGCUUCCUUGAAUCUGCCUCUUCUGCUGCUGAGAGCCACUCCAGUCUGCUUGGUGCAGCUGUCGUGUCCCUAAAGACUGCUAAUCUCACGUAUAUGCCCUCAUCCAACGGCUCUGCACGCUCCCUGAGUUGUGGAUGCAGCAGUGCCAGUUGCUGCACUGUGGCAACGUACGACAAGGACACUCAGGCCCAAACUCAAGCGAGCACCAGCAGCACCCACGCCGGAGCCUCCCCCGCCUGCCCUGCCAACCAAAUGGUCAACAGCAAUGAGAGCGCCGGCAGCCUGAGCCCGCUGGGCGGAGUGGGGAGCCCCGUCUCGGGCAGCGCCAAGCAACUCGCCAGCAUCAAAAUCAUCUACCCCAAUGAUCUGGCCAAGAAGAUGACCAAAUGUAGCAAGAGCCACCAACAGAACCAAGGGCCUGUCAUCAUUGACUGCAGGCCCUUCAUGGAGUAUAAUAAGAGCCACAUUCAAGGGGCUGUCCACAUUAACUGUUCUGACAAGAUCAGCCGGAGAAGGCUCCAGCAGGGCAAGAUCACUGUCUUGGACUUGAUCUCGUGCCGGGAAGGCAAGGACUCCUUCAAGAGAAUCUUUUCCAAAGAAAUUGUAGUUUAUGAUGAGAAUACCAAUGAGCCAAGCAGAGUGAUGCCUUCCCAGCCACUCCACAUAGUGCUGGAGUCACUCAAGCGAGAAGGCAAGGAGCCCCUAGUCCUAAAAGGAGGACUCAGCGGUUUCAAGCAGAACCACGAAAACCUCUGCGACAAUUCCCUCCAGCUGCAAGAGUGCCCCGAGGGGGGAGGAGGGGGCGGCGCCUCCGCUGUGCCCCCCGUGCUACCUCAGUCCAUCCCCACCACGCCAGACAUCGAGAACGCUGAGCUCACCCCCAUCCUGCCCUUCCUCUUCCUCGGAAAUGAGCACGAUGCUCAGGACUUGGAGAAAAUGCAGAGGAUGAACAUUGGCUACGUCAUCAACGUGACCACCCACCUGCCCCUGUACCAUUACGAGAAAGGCAUGUUCAACUACAAGCGGCUCCCGGCCACUGACAGCAACAAGCAGAAUCUCAGGCAGUAUUUUGAAGAGGCUUUUGAGUUCAUUGAGGAAGCUCAUCAGUGUGGAAAAGGUCUCCUCAUCCACUGCCAGGCCGGUGUCUCUCGAUCUGCCACCAUCGUUAUCGCGUACUUAAUGAAGCACACACGCAUGACCAUGACAGAUGCCUAUAAAUUUGUCAAAGGCAAACGACCAAUCAUUUCCCCCAACCUUAACUUUAUGGGGCAGUUACUGGAGUUCGAAGAAGAUCUGAACAAUGGAGUCACCCCACGAAUCCUCACACCGAAGCUGAUUGGCGUAGAGACUGUCGUGUGACAGCCGAGCUGCGAGGGGGCUGAACCUGUUCUUCACCUGAUUUGGGGCAGUGAUGGGUGGGUUGUGGGGUUUUCUUUUUAGCUUUCAAAGGGGAGUUUUGUGGCAAACUUUUUGUGAAUAAAAACCUUUUUUUUGUAAGGAAAGGUUUUUAAAAGAUCCAAGAACUUUGCUGGGUUUGGGAUGCUGUUAUGAUUUCCUUCUCAGACACCAGCAGAGCAGGGAGGCUUCAGAGCAAAAGGAGUACUUUUUAAAAUAAAAACAACAAGAAGAAGAAAUGUUGGACUUUUUUUCUUUUAAUUUUUAUUUUUCCCCUCCUCUCUGGCUACUUGUAGAGUUUAUGGCUAAGUAGUCUGUGCAGGUUCAUAGACUGAAGAAACGUAAGUUGAAGACAAAACACAAAUAGCCAAAACAAAGCAGAAAAAAACUUCCCUGAAACAGAAGGGCCUUCGUUCUGCAAAGGCUUUGCUAAAGAUAACCUAGCAAAAUGCUCACCGAUGCAAAGGAAAUCAGAGCAGCUUAAAAGUCUGCAAGGCACUUUUCACACUCCUGACUCAAACUAAAGAAGAAAACAAAGUUCAUUUGGCGUGUUUCAUGUUCCAGUUCUAUUUUUCUAUUUUGGGGUGUAAGGUUUUAACAGUAAGGGACUUCGAUCAUUCUAUGCCAUAUGCCUUCACUGGCUUCUUGUGCAAUAAUAAUUUGGGGUUUGUUUUGAGUGUUCAAACCAAUUCAGAGUUGGCUGCCCACUAAUAAUAAGAUAAUAAUUUUUAAAGUCUAAUAGUGCAACAGCAGCCAGCUUGGUUCAGAAAGGAUAAAUGAGAGCAGUUAUUUCGUUCCUUUGUAUGAUUUUGAAUCCUGGUUACAGUGCCAUAAACCUUGUUACAUAUGUAUAUCAGAAUGUACAAAAAUCUAGAACAAGCAAAGUUUAUUUAAAAAUAUUUUUCGCACAAAAUAUUGGUGUGUUUCAGUUGUCUGUGUAAAAGAAAUUUGAUUAUAAAACAAAUCUUUUGGAAA